AUGUAUAUUGUUUAUGAUAUUAAAUGGGCAACAUGGGAUUACUCAUCUCAUAACAAUAGUCCUUUCAAAAAUAUUGAUAAUAAAGUACUAACUUUUGCUAAUGUCACAAGUUUUUUGUUAUUAUUGUUAAUUAUUACAAAAAUUUAUCUUACAAAAAAAAAAUCAACAGAAAAAAUUAAAAAAAAUAAAAGUAUUGAAAUUUAUCUAUUUGCUUUAAUCUGUUUAAAUGGUUUGUUUUUGUUAGUUGUUGAAUUACUUUGGGAGUAUGGUGAAAGUUUAUGGAAUGAUUGUGAAAUUGUAUACACAGUAAUAAAUUUUAUGUGGUCUUUAAAUGCAGGAAAAGAUUGUUGUAUGAAUAUACUCGACAUUAAAAAACAUAUAGUCUCAUUAUUUUCAAAAAAAUAUGCACCAAUGGAAAAAACUAAUAGAAGAAAAGUUGGAGUAACUUUAAAAAAUAUUAAAAUGUAA